UUGAAAUUGGAUUUUGUGGUGGAGAGGUUUUCAUGUCAGAACACCACAGUAGAACGCUUUCUAUCGGAGAAAUUUAUGAGUUGAGAAGCACAAACUAUGGACUUUCUCCUUCAGAAGAGUUGGACACAACAUACUGUUAUGAAGUAAACCACGACAGGAACGAAGCGGCUCUCAGAGAUUCUAUGGAAGAACACUCAAUGCAUGCUUUGAAAAAGCCCCGAAAGGGUCCGAAUGACGUUCUUAACGAGAAUAUGCCCGUUGCUAGUGAAAGUUGUUUGAAAAUAAGCAAGAGACCAAGAUGGAAGCAGUUAUUUCCAAAUAGUUCUUCAGAAAUAUUGCCUCUCGCAGGGCAUUGCAUGGUUUGCUGUUCGAACAGAAUCUACGCUUUCGGUGGAUAUGCCUCUCAGUUUAUCGAGGGACAGUGCUACAGUCGCCACUACAAUACCUUAUUUGAGUUCAGUUUUUCUCGGAAUUUAUGGUCGACAGUGCGUUUAGAAACGUCUGACGGUCCUCUUUCUCCACAACCAAGGAGACAUGCCUCAAUGGUAUUUCACGGGCAGUCUCUUUACAUAUUUGGUGGAUUUUCCGAAAGGCAUGAAGUGCUUAGUGACUUGUGGUCUUUUGACCUUGUUAAGAGGAAAUGGACUCCGAUUAUUGCAAGACCAGGAUCUUUCUGGCCAGCAGCAAGAGCCGAGCAUUCAGCUGUUGUAUAUAAAGACAGAAUGAUCAUUUUCGGAGGCUACGACGGGAAGAAGAAGCUUUGCGACACAGUUGCUUUGAACAUGAGAGACUUCAGUUGGGAAGUGGUCUCGAGUAAUGGAGGAUAUUAUCCCAAUAGAAGAUGCAAACACAGUGCAGUAGUUUACAGGAACAAGAUGUACGUUCUUGGAGGCUUUCAGUUUGCAAAUGACAAAAACGCUGCUGUCACAGAUUUGGUGGCAUUGAACUUGGAGGAUAUGACGUGGAAUCUGGAGCUGAUGAGUGGUUCUAUUCCUGAAGGUUUGCAAGCUCAUAAAGCAGUCGUAGUGAAUGAUUCAAUGUACAUAUUUGGAGGCAAAAUUCGACUACAAAACUCUGGAGGUAAUGUUUGGCAAAGUUCUCUAAAUGAUGUUGUUUGGUGUUAUCGUUUUGAUGUCAAUUGCUGGUCACCGGUAAAAUGUGAAGGCGCGUCACCAAAGGCUCGACAGUUACAUGGGGCUUGUGUGGUUCAUACCUCCGAAGGGAAAUGCAGUCUUAUUGUGUAUGGUGGUGUUGAUCGUUUAAAGGAGACGUAUUACAAUGAUAUCUGGGAACUUGAAGGUAUAGAUUGCGCUUCAAAACUGCAGUCUUGCGACUCUUGCGAGUCCUUGAAGAAUCUGGUCAAUUCGGAGAAAUUUGCUGACCUCCAACUCGUAGUGGACGGUUUUAGAAUACCAGCACAUCGUUGUAUAUUAUAUUCGAAAUGUGACUACUUUAGAAAAAUGUUAGAGUCCGACAUGAAGGAGAGUGUCCAAAGUUCAAUAGAGAUCCGAGGAAUUGGUUAUUCCACGUUUCUUAAGGUGCUCUUUUAUAUUUAUACUGGACGUCCAGCAUACGAUAUGGACUACGAACAGUUGAUCGAGUUGUUGGUUGCCGCAGAUAUGCUAGGACUUGAGGAGUUGCACAUAUUUUGCAUGAAACGGCUAGAAGAGUCUGUUAAUGUGGAAAACGUAUCCUCAGUAUGUCAGUUGGCCAAUGAAUAUAAUGCAGGGCAACUUAAAACUUUCUGUCUUGAAUACAUUGUGAAAUACUUUUCGGAAGUAGUGGAAACAAAGGGAUUUGAAGAUUUGCUUAAGAAGGAAGCCAGUGGAUUGGCAAGAGAAAUUUUACGAUUGCAUGCAAAGGCAGUUGCCUGGAAUCAGUAAAGUUACCUUAUGUGGUACUCGUUCCUUUUGACACUGUUGUUUAUUGUUAUU